AUGGCUCGCGCCCUCGCCGAUCGCGCCCUCGGUGCCGUGCGCGUGACGUGUUCCGUGCGCGGUCUCGACGCCGUCGCGCGCGCUCACGGUAGCGCGCUCGCGUCGUGCGACGUCGUCGAUCGAGAUUUGCCGCGCCCGGUGCGAUGCGCCGACGACGACGAAUCACGCGCGGCGACGUCGCGCGCGGACGCGGUGGCGCGUGAGCGCGCGGUGGUGAGCGCGAGCGACGCGCCGCUGUACGCGCGGAGAAAGUGGAAGGCACCGAUGCGGCUCGACGUCGAGGUGGGCGCGAGUCUGGGCGACAUCGAAAGCGCGAGCGCGUGA